GCUCGCCAGGUACUAGGAGGGAGGGUCAUUCUGCCAGGGUAGGAUCCGGAACCGCAGGAGAGAUACUUGACCGUAAAGUCCCAAGCCUGUGGCCGUGCAGAACACUGCAGAUCACCUGAUGACAGGGUGCAGCCCUGUGUUUGCCAUGCAGCACAUCGUGGGUGUGCCCCAUGUACUGGUGCGGAGGGGCCUCCUUGGAAGGGACCUCUUUAUGACCAGGACUCUCUGCAGCCCAGGCCCCAGGCAGCCUGGAGAGAAAAGACCUGAGACGGCGGCCCUGGGGCUAUAUCACCGCCUCCCAGCACUGGGAAGAGCCCUGGGGCACAGCCUUCAGCAACAAGCAUCCUCCACAGCUAAAACUUGGUGGGACAGAUAUGAAGAGUUUGUUGGACUCAAUGAGGUUCGAGAGGCCCAGGGAAACGUGACUGAGGCAGAGAAAGUGUUCAUGGUGGCUCGAGGGCUUGUCCGAGAGGCUCGGGAGGACUUGGAAGUCCAGCAGGCCAAGCUGAAGGAGGUACGAGACCGGUUGGACCGUGUCUCCAGGGAGGACAGUCAGUACUUGGAACUGGCUACUCUGGAGCAUAGGAUGCUGCAGGAGGAGAAGAGGCUUCGCACAGCUUAUCUGCGUGCAGAAGACUCUGAGCGAGAGAAGUUCUCCCUCUUCUCUGCGGCUGUGCGGGAAAGUCACGAGAAGGAACGCACAAGGGCUGAGAGGACUAAGAACUGGUCCCUCAUCGGGUCAGUCCUGGGGGCCCUGAUUGGUGUGGCGGGCUCCACCUACGUGAACCGUGUACGGCUACAGGAGCUGAAGGCCUUACUUCUGGAGGCACAAAAGGGGCCUGUGAGUCUCCAGGAGGCCAUUCGAGAACAGGCAUCUAACUACUCCCUCCAGCAGAGGGAUCUACAUGACCUCAUGGUGGACCUGAGGGGCUUGGUGCAUGCUGGGCAGAGUGAGGGCUCUGGGUCACAGGCAGGUACUACCCCUACCCGCAACAGAGACACUGAUGUCAUUUUAGCUGCCUUGAAAGAGCAGCUGACUCAUUCCAGGCAGGUCCAUUCAUGUCUAGAGGGUUUACAAGAGCAGCUUGAUAGCCUAGAGAAGACUUGCAGCCAAAUGGCUGGGGUGGUUCAGCUUGCAAAGGCCGAAGCACACCCAGGCCUGAGGGAGCCAGUAGAUAGGCAUCUGCCUAGCUCCUUGUUGGAGCAGGGGAGCAUGAUCUUGGCACUGUCAGACACAGAGCAAAGGCUAGAAGCCCAAGUCAAUAGGAACACCAUCUACAGCACGCUAGUCACCUGUAUGACAUUUUUGGUCACACUGCCUGUGCUCUACAUGCUGUUUAGGGCCAACUAGUCCCUGGAACUUCCUCCAGAGGUUCUCAGGGGGUAGAUGUGAAUGUGAAUUUAGUUAGAAAAUCCCAGUGAUGAAGUGAGCCUUUGGGGGCGCCCACAGCCUCAGGCUGAAGGAGCCCCAUCUGGAUGGCUCACCAGCAGGAAUACUUUUCUUUGUAGGCAACGCUCAUUCACAUUAAUAUUAAAACUUUGUGCUAAUAUCCAAUUAAAGUGUUUUGAGUUUGUAUUAUUUAAAACAA